CGUGUCAGUAGACAUAUUUAACCCUCUCCUUAGAAUAACUUCUCCUUUUGUAGUGUUCUUUAUGUGUUUUUUAUGCAGCUUUUUUCCUCUUUAUGGCUCUGGAAACUCUCCUGUAAAGGAAUUAUUGGAACUACAAAAGGACAGAGACAACUUAAGCAACAUAUACAUGCUUGAGGAAGCCACAACAUAAGAAGCUCCAACGGGGCCAACUUCAAAAGUCUGAGGAUUACUGGGAGAGAAGAAGAAGGGCAACCAGCCUGAAAGAGCGGGACCAUGCCAGGCGGUCAGAUCCGGACUGGGUUUGUGCCAGUUCUGCUGCUCUCUUUCUUUCUGCUGUUGGCUUCUUGUUCAGGGAAUGCACGCAUGAUCGGGAAGAGGGGACUCAACCAGAAGGACUAUGAGUACCCCAACCAUCCUCAGCACCAGAAGAACGACCGCUGUCCUCCUCCACCGCAGAUGCUGCCCGAGCGAGCCUGUGAGGUGCCGGGCUGCCGGUCCGAUUCUGAGUGUGAGAGACACAAGCGGUGCUGUUACAACGGCUGCAUCUACGCCUGCCUGGAGUCAGUGCAACCUCCACCCGUGCUGGACUGGUUGGUGCAGCCCAAGCCACGGUGGUUAGGAGGGAACGGUUGGCUAUUAGAUGGACCAGAAGAGGUUCUGCAGGGUGAGGCCUGCAGCACCACAGAGGAUGGAGAUGAGCCUUUGCUCUGCCCAACUGGUUACGAGUGCCACAUCAUCAACCUGGGAAACCCCUCGGCUGGGAUCCCAAACCGAGGCCAGUGCAUCAAACAGCGUGGAAACUCAGAUGGACGUAGCCUGAGACACAAGUCAUUCAAAGAUUACAAGGAUUAUUUAGGAAGUAACUCCAACAAUGCAGCGAGCUAUGAGAAACAACAGCACAAGCAUGUGGGCUGAGACAGGUGACUGAAAGUUGGUUCCAUUUUAGAGGACUGAAGUAAUUAGUAACCGCUGACCCUUAUACUUGAAGCCCAACCAUCAAAUCCAACAGGAGUGCCAAAGGCCUUUCUCUUCAUCUCAAACCAGAGAUCGGUUCAUAUCUGGUGCUCUUUUUCUUAGGUGCUAAAAUGUGGAGUGACAGAAAUGCAAAGCUAAAAUUUCCUACCUCUUAUAAAAGCCAAAAAGAGACCACAGAAAGUAUCAAAGAACUUAUACAAUAACAUGUCUUAUAUGCAUAUUAAAAAGCAGAAUUAACUAUGUGAGUUGUGUUAAAGGAAGAUACCACCCAAUUAUGUUUCCCCUUUGAAGUUUUUUAUUUUUUCAAAUAUCAUGUGUUCAUGUGUUGCUUCAACUAGUUCACCUUUACCAAGCAACAGUUAAAAUCCAGAUGUGCUCUAACACUAAAAGAGACUUGUUUUUUGUAUGGUGCUCCAUUCAAUAACCGUGGUUUUUUGUUGUUGUUUUGUUUGUUGUCAUUGUGCAGUUCUGUGUUUUACUCUCCUGAAAAGUGGGACAAACCACAAUAAAGCUUUCAAUAAAGCAACACAUUUUAAACUGAUGCUGCAUUUACUGCCUUGUA